GUCGCGCCGCCUUGACGCGCCGCGGGCGGUGGUGAUGGCGGCAGAGCUGGCGGAGGGUCUCACCGAGGAGGGAGAGCGAGGAGGCGGGGGACUGGAGAGGAAGAGCGAGGAGGAGGCCCCGGCGGCACCGAGCACCGACGCCCCGACACGCACUCAGUAAUCACACCGAGGAGGACGGCGGCGAGGCCCGCAGAAGAGGACGGAAAGACGGCUCAGAGGCACGGAGAGACGGAUGGAGCGUUCAGGACCUCCCACUGGCCUCCCUCGUGUCUCCAUCGUGUCUCGCUCCACCAGCCGCCACUCGUAGUGUUUAGAUGUAGCUCAGUUUAAUAGCUGGAGACUAGGGGGCGCUGUCCUGCAGCCAAGAGCUAACCCUAACCCUUCAUUUUGCAGUUAGAAGCUAACCGCUAGCAGAUAAAAAAAAAACUUUUCCAUAAAGUUCAGUUUCAAAAGGAGUUACACAAACAUGUAGGUGGAGCCCAGCUGGGAUUUUCAGCAGCUAGCGGCUAGUUAGCGGCUAGUUAGCAGCUAGUUAGCGGCUGGUAGCGGUGGCACGGGGCUAAGUGUGAGCGGAGCAGGGGUGCGAUGGAGUACCACUCCGGUGGUAGCCUGCCCCUGCUGGGGAGACCGCGGUACUGUCCCGGGGCCAACGCUAACGGAGGAUACCUGUGUGAGACGGGACACUGCUGUGGAGAGACCGGCUGCUGCACCUACUACUACGAACUCUGGUGGUUCUGGCUGCUGUGGACCGUCCUCAUCCUGUUCAGCUGCUGCUGUGCGUACCGACACCGCCGAGCCAAACUGAGAGUCCAGCAGCAGCAGAGGCAGCGAGAGAUCAGCCUGCUGGCCUACCAUGGGGCCAACUCCUACCCCUCCUCCAUGCUGGACCUCAGUUUCCUGACGUCACUGAAGCUGCCGUCCUACGAGGAGGUGGCAGCUCAGCCCUCCACGCCUCCUCCUCCCUACAGCUCAGUGUUUACCACCCCACGCUACCCACAGCCUCCACGCACGGCGGACCCCCACCUCCUCACGCAGCAUGGCCCUCUCCUGCACCGGCCCCUCAGCGACGGCCCUUCAUCCCUCAGUUCUGACAACAGCUCCAGUUGUUCUUGCGACUCCUGUUGCCCCUCCUCUCCAUGUAGCUCCUCCCUAUCAGCACCGGUCACGUAUGAGACUGACACAAGCCACGCCUCCACGCCCAGCGAGGCCACGCCCCUCACCCUGGACGUCACCAUGGAGAUCAUUGCUGCCACCUGCUUGGAGCUGAAUCAGGCUCAAUUUGAUUCUGAGAGGAUGGAUGCUGACGUACGUCAAGAGGCUGUUGCCACGGAUUCCCCGGCCUCCACCCGAACUGUGACCGUGGCGGUUGUCACAAGGGCGGCAUCCCCUCACCCUCUGCCGUCCCCUGUAUCGGACCUCACCCUUCCUGCUGGGUCUCCCAUGAACCAGCAUCUUGAUGUGUCACCAUGUACCCCAAUGGUCAGCACCUGUAGCUCUAGUACUCUCCCCAGCCCUGGAGGUAUUGAGGCAGCUGCCCCCUCCAUCCACUUAAUAAGUACUGAGGACCCAGCCUGGGGCCCCAAAACAAUCCCUAUUCCAGAAGUUAUCUCAGUAUCUGCAGCUACUACCCCGGCAGUUAGCGGAUCUAACAGUCCUACGGCCCCUGAAACCCUGGAUUCAACAAGAAUCCAGAGUAGUCCGUGCUCCGUAACAUCCCUCGAUGUUGGAAGAACUUUGACCCUUGAUUCAGAUUUUAACCUUGUACCAGUUCUAGCACCUUCACAUCUUAUCCACGCUCCGACCCCAGAUCAAGAACCAGAAACCCUACCCUCAGAGCUUAGCCAGGCUCCGGAUCCAGCGCCUUCAGACCUUCUCCUUGGUCCAAAUCCACAACCUAACACGACAGUAUUUCCAAAUUCAACAAUUUGCACCUCAGUUAUUGAUGCAGCACCUUCUUCUCCAAUGUUAACUCAAUUCCAGAACGUAGAGCAGUCUUCAGGAUUGGGGGUAGUCCAGGUAGCUCCCAGCCCAGGGUCAGCUUUGCCCCUAAACUCAGGGUCUGUUGUUGUUCUCAUACCUUGUCCAGAUUCGACUCCAGUACCUAACCAGUCAGGGCCUCCUCUGGUCCUGCCUCCAUCCAAAGAGUCAGACGUCCAUUUGCCUUCAGAUGUCCAACCUGCCUCCUCCUUUUCCUCAUGUCCCGCCAUUACCAUAGAGUCUGAGUCUUCGUCUGCUCCUUCUGCCGCCCCCCUUCCAUCCUCACCUCCAUUUGUUCCUUCUCCUCAAGUCCUCUCCCCCACCUCCCUUCCACCCCCAGCUUUACUCCUGGAUCCCAUGACUGCUCUUCAUCAGUCCGAUAAAGCUGGCUCCUCCUCUGGCCACGUGUCCUCCCUGUCCCCCUCGCCUCGGUCUACUCAGUCCCCACCAAAACAGACUCUCUUCUCCCCCUGCGUGGACGUCUUUGAACCGGGACCUCCGAGCUGGGAGGAGGAUGAGGAGGAGCAGGAGGUGAAGGACAACGAUGAGGAUGAAGAUGAGGACAUGGGAGCUGAUGAAAGUCAGUACAGACAUCGUCGACUUACAGGCGACUCUGGGAUUGAGGUGUGCAGGUGUCGCGUAGAGGAGGAAGAGGAGGAAGAGGAGGAGGAAGAGGAGGAGGAUGACAAGAGAGGAGGAGGAGGAGAUAAGAAAGCUGGCGCUGAUCUCCAUGACAGCAUGGACUGUCCCGCGAGAGGUCAGAUGACCACAGGGGAAGGACUUACUCUGUGCACCCCCAGCACCACGCCGACAUCCGAGGAGAAUGGCAAAGUUGUCAUCGUCAUGGAGACGGUGUGAUUGACAGAUGUGGGCGUGUCAAACCAGACAAGGGUCGAACAAGAAGUGAACAGGAAGUGAUGAUGUUGUGAAUGUGGGUGGUUUUGACAUGGAAUUAACAGACCUGCAGUCAGAUGCUAGCAUUAGCUCAUUACUACAGUUUCUUUAAGUGGUGAAUUUAAAUGGUGUUAAAGUUCAAGUUUGGCGCAUAGUGGACUAGGCUUUACUCAGACUCCAUCUAAAGGUGUUUCAGCUACUUGUACAAUAUUACAAAAAAAUCAGGACCCAGAGAGAUAACCACGUUAAAGUGGCCUAAAAUAUUUAACCGUCCAGUUUCUUCAUGUUGAACAAUAGUCUGUUUCUUAAGUCUCUUCCAAAAGUUGUAGCAGCUUUUUGUCAGAUGUCUACGUACAGUCUGGUAGCAUCCACUUAGUGUUAAAGUUUCCAGCCUUUGAAAUAUUUUGGCACUUAAAGGAUCUUUCCAGUUUAUUUUGCAUCCUUCAUCUCCGCCGUAGAGAUUCAGGAGUAGCAUAGCGUCACAUACCAGAGUAACAAGCCCAAGUCCCCUUCAAAUACAAAUAAAUAAAUAAAAUCAGUAAUAACAUUAUAUUUAUAUUUAAAAGCUUGUUUUCAAGACAGAAAGUAGACACCUGACGCAGUUUACAGCAAACAAACCAGCGUGGAGCAUAAAGUUUAGGGUUUGAUCAGUGGUGCAGAAGCAGCAACUCAGCCUACCAAAACCAGCUAACCAAACGUUAUUUUACAACUAAAUACAAAGAAGAACACAAUCCAAGACUGAAAGCUAGAAAGCUAGCAUUAGUUUAGGAUCAUUAUUUAGGAGAGUCUAUAGAGACUAAUGUCACAGAAGCUAGGUCAAUGCUACAGUGGAUACAUUAAAGUUGUAGACUAGGGCUUUCCACUACGCCACCAGCAUUAUUACACUUUUUUUUUUUUUUUAAUUUUACAUUUUAUAUUAUUAGUUAAUUUUUAUUAUUAUUUAACGUUUUGCUCAGAAAUACAUCUACAGAGAAGCAGUUUUAGAGAUUGGUAACUGCAUUAGUGAUCGUGUGGAUUCAUGAGUGUCACGCUAGUCACCACGAUAUGCUCCUUGUUUCACCAAACCUCCACAAUGAAGGUGGAGAGUGCAAAUAAAUUGGGAAUAUUCUUAAAGACACCGGUUAGGUUUAGCUCCUCUCUAGUUGGUGUUUCAGAUAUUUAGUAAUGCAAAGGUCUGUGAAAUGCUGUUGUACCAUAGGGAAUGUUAGUAGAAAAAAGUGAAAGAAGAAGUGAACUGUAAAUUGAAAUGAAAUAGUUCUUAAAAUGCUAAAAGUCAUGUCGUGUUAAAUUAGGAGGAUUUUGUGGCUCUGCAUUGUUUACAUCCAUAUCUAUUAGCUAGCCGUAGCAUCUUCCCCCAGAUUUUUGUAUGCCGUUGGUUUUUGUCUUGGCCUUCAAGGUAGGGCUUCACUGUACAAGCACAUGCCCAUCUAGUCAUUCAUGACUCUACAGAGUUUCAACCCUCAAUCAGCCAGUUUAACCGGUGGGAAUCUUUCCCUUUGCUGCCUUCUGUCUGACGUGAUGUAAAUGCUGCAGGGCGACUUUGAACAUGGACCCCAAGCAUCAAGAAACAAACCCUAGUUUUCGCUUCAUUCGUCAAGAAAUUAAAAACUUAGAUGGAGACAUGUCGCCUGAAAUGGCUGAUGACGGAGGUUUGGAGACGUGCCGGGAACAAAUUGACUGUUUUGGACUUGAAGAGAGGCUGAUGUGGGAGGAUGAUUCAUGCCGACUGACAGAGGGACGACUGAUUCAUUCAUUAAGGGGACGUUUUGAUGAAGACGUCUGUCAAGUGAGCAGAAUUAGGUGGGUCGCUUUCAGAUUUCUGUCGAUCGGCUGUGGAAGAGUCGAGGCUGGACGGCUCAGCUGCCUUCACCGUGCGUCAGUCUCUCAGCAGAGAAAAGCUCUUCACAUAAAUAAAAACAAACAAUGGGCACUUUUAGACGGAAACAAAGCACCAAAGAGAGCGGAGACAGAACGCGUCACCGUCCCCGUCUUUGUCUCUUUCUGUUGGGUUUGAGGUCACAUAAAACAAUGCGGUGUAGACACCACCGUCCCGGUCUAAACAAUGAAGUGACGCCUUUCUGCACAUCUCCUUUUUAAAUUCACCCAACAAGUCCAAAAUAUUCUACGACCCUAAAAAUACAAAUGAUCAUGUUAACACACCGGAAAUUAGUUUCAGUUGUUAACUGUCCAGCUACUGGCAGCUUGAUAGAAGACAGGAGGUAGAGAAGGUAGAGUAUAUUUUGUCAGUGACACAGAGUUAAUAACUUUUGUAUAGUAAAUGCUGGUGUGUUACAGUUUAACUUUGGAAUUUCAGUGUAAAUAAGCCCAGAAAAAUGAGAGGAGCUGGCUAGACAGGCUUGACAGUGAAGUGAUCACUGUUAUUCGAGGAUCCAUCCUGGACAUUAAAACCCCACAACAGCAGUAUGAUUGAUGCGCAGCUUUUAAAAGAAGUGGGUCAUUUCCAAGACUCUUGACGGAGGAGUGCCAUCACACACCUCUGGACUGUGUCAGUCUAGAAAGUUAAAAUGAAGGACUUCAUAUUUUGUCCUCAUCAUUAUCUCGUGCUGUAGUGAAUCAUUGGAAUCUAAAGCUGAGGAUCAAGACCAAGAUCCUUGGAUGAAAACGCUGAGACACCGCUUACUUUUUCUUACACCUGCUUCCACAAAGUGCACUUGUUUUUACAGCUGUAAAGAAAGAUUCACAAACGUGCAUUGACUUUGCAGCUCGUCGUCACAGUCGGACUUGAUCACCUUUGAGAGAAACCCAGCGACGUCUUCAGAGAGACCGACUGAACCCAAACUCUUCAACACGGGACUGUUCAAAGCUUGAAGCACUUUGGUCGUGGAGGAAACUGAUGCUCUCGGGUCCACGUGGUGCAGGGGUCACCUGAUGAUACUCGAUCCGAUCCUUAAACCCUGUGUCCGUGCCCAUGAGGACGAAACCACUGUCUGUUGGACUCCUUUAUGACAAAAGCAUUGUCCUGCCAUACAAAUGACAAACGGAUUUCAGACGUCACUUAUGGAAAACGGCGUGCACAAGACCCGAUUCACGGUUGGACAACAACAAUCUGCUUUGGAUAAAUUCCUCAGGAGUCUGUUUUGAGCAGAUUCUCUGGUGUUUGAUUUCAUCAAACUUGGACCUGUGGACUGAGAACAGGGUGUCCGUCGUAGAAAUAAACGGACCUGGUCUAGAAAGCUCCAGGGCGCCACCGAGCCGUUGAUGUUGUGAUUGAUGUCGUGAUUGACGGUGUUUUUUUUUUUUUGUUUUUUGUUUACCUGAACUAAUAAGGUUAUAUAUCUCCAUCGUUACAGAGUGCCAUUUCUACUUGACAACUGUUAUUACUUAGCAUUAGAUAGAGCUGUUCUUGCUCUGUGUGAGUGUGGAUUUUGACCAGGGCGACUGAAGAUGUGUCCGUCUGUAGCUCAGGCUCCUAAAGGCAGCUCUGGGAUCAGCCCAGUUCCCUCAAGGUACCAAGAAAGUUUUUUGACAUAUCUCUUCAUAUGUAUCCAAAUCCAAUCUGUUCUCUGAAGGAAUCAUAGGAACAUUGUAGAAGAAACUCAAACAAAGACAACUGGACUUGUAGAGUUACUUGAAGACUGAACUGAAAAAGCUACUUGGGUGAAAGAUUUUCGAGAAACUCUACCAGUCCAGUUGUCCUUGUUUCCGAAUAAACCAUGACCUACCUGUAUGACUGAGUUUGGGGGGAACCCAGUGGCAUCACUAUUUCCAGCACUUUGUUUUGGAUUCCUCCCAGUGAGAAGGCAAGAUUUGGGUCAAGAGUACUGGCGCUGCGAGGCUUUUCAGAUGUUCCUUCGGCCGAACGAGGCUGGAUGAGUUCCUUGGGCUGAUUUUAGAGCUGUGAACCUUUUGGAAACCUCUGUAUGUAUUUUCUGUUGAGUUUGAGCCAAGGCUUUGUCACAUGUCAGAAACAUUUAACAGUUUUCUUUCACAUUAACUCUUUUUUUCAAGCCGCAACGAGAUGCAGUAACUUUUGCUAAACUCAACAUGAUAGCUCCUCUUCUUAUCUUCUCAUCUCCCUUUAAGAGUCUGUUGUAACGCCGACAUUUAAAGGAAUAGAUUGUUCCCAGAUGACUUGUUGAAACCAGUGGGAAGGUUUUACUGUGAAGCAGCUGCAGGAAAUUAGGUUGUAAGAAACAAAUGUCUAGACUGUGACAUUUUUCUUCUUCAGAGUUGUUUGAAUUGCCAGAGACAGGCGGAGGAAAGACACAAAGGACAAGUGAAGGUUGUAGGCAACUAACUGCCAGUAAGACUUUUGUUAUCGGUGUAUGGGAGUAAGUUCUCGUCGGGGUUGCCAGUAAUCUGGCUCUUAACAGGAAUCUGCAGACAGUUAACCGUAUUUUUAUUUCAAGAUGAAACUGAACAACAACACAUAAUUCUGAACCUUCAACUAAAACUUCUGAGAUUGGCUUGGAUGGAAGAUAAUAGGUCCAUGAGUCUAUUAAUAACCAGUUAUUUUAAAUGACCCUCUGCCCAGUAGAACCAGCACUGUCCCUCAAACGUGGACGGAUGGAAGUUUUUCAUUUACGUGAAUAGAUUGUGACGUUUGAGACAGUUUAAUUAUUUAAUAAAGCAUCCGAAUGUUCCCUCCAUUGUUGGAGUUCAUCCCUCAGUCUGAAGGUUCUUGUUUUCUCCUUCCUGUUUGCAUGAGGUUUCUGUCGUCGACGGAAGCAGAAAAGAAAUCUGUCGUUAAAGUUCCUUAAUAUUACAAUGACAACAAUGCUAAUUAUUAGCAUUACUUAAUUAUUUGUUAGUAUGUGUGUGUGUGUGGAUGUAUGUGUGUGACCUAACUAAACCAGCCUGUUCUAAAAGUGUGUGAAAAAUAUACUGAAUAAAACUGUCAAAGCUAAA